AUGCCGCAACUAGUUCUACUCGUUGUUUGGACGCUGUCCGAGGUGAUUGCUGAGAAUGCCACCGAAUUUGUGAGCAACAUGUCGCGAUUGCAUUGUCCGAAUAUGGAGAACGCGGUGAGCUCCUGUCCGCCGGACAAUACAUUCAUCUACUACACGUGUUGCGGUGGGGCUCAAAUGUACUGCUGCGAUCAUGUGCAGACUUGGUUUCUGACGUCUCUCGCUGGCACCGCUAUUCUGCUUGGAAUCGUCUUCCUCGCCUGCCUUGUCCGAUAUUGUUGCAGUUACAGUACGUCAUAA